AUGCUUGAAUACUCCGACGAUGACAAGAUUACACCUGAGCCCGAUUACCCUGACACAUUCAACAGCCAAAUGCGAGUCUGGAGCAAAUACCUCCAUACCCCGGAUCCCAUGUGCGCCAAAUCGGAAGAUUCAGCCCCAGGUGGUGUAUUGGCCUUCUCUGUGUCCGACGCAGAUGCAAAGAUCAAGGAAUUCUGCAGUAAUUCGAAGCUCUACAAUACGGUACUCACUAGUCUUAUCAGCACAGGCACUAUACAGACUAAAGAUGGCAGGGGCAAGGCUCUCGGGAUAAGUGGGAGCUAUGAUAUUAACGGUGGCACGGACAAGCUAUGGCUUGGCGCCAACUCUGCCAGUGGGUCUUGCACGGGGAUGGAGACCUGGCCACCUAGAGGAAACGGCCUCCGUGAUACGGACCUUUUGCAUGAACCAAUUUGA